AAUUCUUUCGCGGCCGUGUCGCGUUUUCGCACUUUCACCUUAAGGCUUAAGUGGCCGGACCCUUGGAAGAGCUUCGCGGCGAUAUAUUAGUCCAUUGUUUCGUUUGAUUCACCUUAUUUCUCCGUAGCUGGCCACUGGUAUCCACAAUGUCCAACCUUUCGAACUUGAAAGGCUACGUGAGCUGCGCCCUCGACUGUACCCGAUUUUUGUUGGUGCGCAAUGAGACGGAUAUGGCUACCGGGAGCGGGAGCUGGUUUAAGCCGGAGAUGGCCCACCAGAUAUUCGGCGAAUCGGAAAGCAUCUUCGGUUACCGGGACCUAAAGAUAGACGUGAUGGCUUCGGCGGGACCGCUUGAUCUGUACUUCAACAUCAACUACAGUAAGAAGGUCGAGGAACUGCAUACCGAGGGCCUAAAAGCGGACGACGUGGAGAAAGCGUUGGCCGAAAUCGUCGAGGACGGUUGCUACUACACGAACCGCGACGAGUUCGUUCGCGUGAUGGCGUCCAAAGCCGGCAGCUUCGUGCCGCGCGGCAAAAAAGUGGACGAGUUCCAGGUGCCCGCCUCAAAAGGUUGUUCGUCCUUGGCCAAUGGCGAGGGUCAGCGACCGAUGCGCACGUUCGAGGUGUACAUGAACACGGCGAAAGAUGCGGAGUACAUGAAAUUCCACUCGCGGCUGGAAACGUUCUCUUUCUUCUUCAUCGAUGGCUUUAGCCGUGUCGAGAUCGACCCGCUCUGGAUGUUCUUCACCGUCUACGAGCGCCACUCGACGGACAACAAUAACGAGACUGCUGCUGCUGGUGCUGCUCAGCGGUACGCAACAGUUGGCUACAUAGCCGCCUAUCCGUACUACGCAUACCCGAAUCAAAUUCGCCCGCGCAUCAGUCAGGUGCUGGUGUUGCCACCGUUUCAGAAGCUCGGCAUCGCGACGCGUCUAAUCGAACACACCAUUUACGAACAUCUCAAAACGAAGGGAAACGUGGCGGACAUUACGUACGAAGAGCCGAUCGAAGCAAUCCAGCAUAUCCGGUCGGUGGUCGAUGCGCGCCGCUGCAAAUCGCUACCCGCGUUCACCCAAGAAAAGUUGCAGGCCGGCUUCUCGAAGGAAAUGCUGCGCCAGGCCAAGGAACAGUUUCUCAUCAAUCCGAAGCAGUGCCGCGUGGUGUACGAAAUUCUGCGUCUUGGGACGACCGAUCUCGAUAACGAGGAGCAGUACCGAGCGUACCGGAUUGAGGUAAAGAAACGGCUCAACAUGAACUACAGCAAGCAUCGGCGCGAUCUGUUCCGGGCCAAGAAGCGUGGCGGCGACGUCACGGCUGCCCUCUGCGGGCUGCCCAGCGUGGCCGAACGCAUCGAGUCGCUAAACGCGGAAUAUAAAGAGGUGGAAGAGAUUUACGCUCAGGUGUUGCACAAGCUACUGCUUACGACGUAAACUCUCCCGGCCCUUUUUGUGUUUUCUUUUCGCUUCAUUUCCAUCGUUCAUUUAUUUUGUUCAUCUGUUUUCACCAAACGGAAGAUGUUUG